AUGAGAUUCAAUAACCCAUUUCCAGUUUUUACAGAGACUGAAAAAAGUAUUUAUCCACUUGUGUUGAUGUUUUCAUGGGACAACAUUGCCCUUGUUCAAAAGGUCGAACAACUAUUCACACAAUACUUUACACGGCCAACACCUUCCAAGAGUAGGUCAGAUUUAUUUGGUCCAAUGUCGCCAGUGAGCACGUCAAAUUCUUUGGGGACAAGCUUGUCUCCCGAAUCUGCAGAAUCUCCUCAACCCAACAAUACGAAAGGAAAUAAGGACUUCCUAAAGUAUUUUUGUGGAUUUGAGAUUAGUGAUGGCAGAAAACGAUUGCUUACAGUAGAGGCCACAUCAAAGGAUGCUCUUCGAUUUUUAGUAGGCCAUGUAGAGAACUAUUGUAACAAGGAAAUGCUUCCUGUGAAGAUUAUGUACGAUUUUUCAUGUUUUUAUAGCCACCGUCUCUAUGAACAGCUAAUUGGUGUUAGUUCAAAGUCUGUCGACAAAGUGGAUGAGAAAAAAGGAGCAGGAAGGAGACCGUCCGUUCAAGUUAUACCUACUGAUGACACCAAGAAAGGUAUCACACGAUUACGACUUCAAGAUACAUUUGAAAAUAUUUUAUCGAGCAAAGAGAUUUAUAUCAAGAACAAGAAGGCGGAAGAUUUAAAAAUUUUGGCAGCACUGUCCAAAGUUUAUAGCAUUUUCUCUACCGAUUCAGUGGAACAAAUCAUUGAAAAUGGCCUUCUUCCCGACUCGUGUAAUUUAAUGAAUAUCAAGGAACGAUUUUGUGAUGAUACUCUUAUUGAAGUAGAUAAUUUGUUAGUAUUUAACCAAAAGAAGAAAAAGAUUGAGGACCAAGAAAUGCAAAGGGCCAAACGAGAGACCGAACAUGAAGAAGUAUAUUCAUCUCCUGAAACAAUUGAUGAUUUGGCUAUUCAUUUGAAUGAAGAAGUUGGAUUUGAAGGAAUUCCUCUAAUUGAAACUCCAGCUCACCUUCCACCUGCUGAAAAAAUUAUUUUCGAAGGAGAAGAAAAACGAAAAAAGGCACGAGUCAGAGCAUUCAACACCAAUCCUUCUGGAUAUUCUUUAGAAGAGGUGUCACAACCUGAAAAGAAGUUUUGGAUCUACAUUCCACAUCUCAAGGGUCACAUUGUUGCUGCCUUCCCUCCCAUGACUAAAGAGUUACCUCCUUUUAAUUUACACAGUUACAUGACUGGAACCUUGAUUCGAUCCGAUCGAAAACAUCCACCUCCAAAAAUUAGAGCCUAUACCAAUUUUAGCAGUGCAGGAACAAGGAGUAGAAAACCCGAAAUUACCAUCUCUCCUGAUAUUGUGUAUUGCAUCAUGGUCAAUUCUUGGACACAACGAGCAAGUACUCAAAUUGACAACAAACUAGACUACAAAUUAAGACAGUCGUUGAAAAGUCCAACAACAACGAAAAAUCACAUUUAUGAAAAUUUUCAAAACGUGUAUGAGCUGUCUCGACAAUCCGCCAAUUCUAAACACCGUGACGAGAUGGAAAAGAGCUCGAAAAAGUACAUGACCGUACCGACCUAUCCUGAAGAAAGAAAGAACUUGGAGAAAACUUUGGAAUUACGUCAAACAACACCUCCAGCUCAACCAUGGAUCAAUCGUGGAAAAACAACGUCAAGGGAAGACAAUCGACAUCCUAAGCAUUUGGAUCAAGCACGAAUUGAUGAAUUGAACAUGAUUGAUUUAUUUGAUAAGAAUCUUUCCACCAUGCUAAGAGAUAGUUCAGCAAGCUCAUCGGCAGCGUCGAAACGCACAGGUAACAGUGUCAACAAUUUUGCCAAUCCUUCGACAUCGGUCAAACUUCCAAAAAUUAAAUAA